AGGUCUUAGGGAAGUGUGGGCUUUAUUCUGAAACAUUUUUCACAAGAUGUCCGUUUCAGUUCGGUCACUUGUGCGUUGUGUAAAGUUCCGCAGGGUCUCAGAGCGGAUCCGCCGCGGCGGUGGUUAUUUGAAUGUCGCGGAUCAGGUCCGGCUUUACCACGGCGGCAGCAGCGCGGCGGCUCGGGGCUCAGGCGCCUGGCACACGGUGGAUCUGCGCAGUGACACGGUGACUGAGCCGGGAGAGGCCAUGCGCAGUGCCAUGGUACAGGCCAGGGUCGGAGAUGAUGUGUUCGGUGAAGACCCCACCGUUAAUGAACUGCAGAAAGUGGCAGCUGAUAUGUUUGGCAUGGAGGCAGCUUUGUUUGUACCCACAGGAACCAUGAGCAAUUUGAUUGCAGUCAUGGUGCACUGCAGAGAGAGGGGGGAUGAGAUGAUGGUGGGGGAUCUUUCUCAUCUGCACAUCUAUGAGCAGGGUGGGAGUGCACAGCUUGCUGGUGUACACUCCACCACCCUCACCACUCUGGCUGAUGGAACGUUUGAUCUGGGGCAGCUAGAAUCAAAGAUCCGCCAUGGCUACCCUGAUGCACAUUACCCUCGCUCACGCCUGGUGUGUGUAGAAAACACACACAACAUCAUGGGUGGACGUGUUCUCCCAGUCUCCUUCCUGCAGCAGCUGUGCUCUAUAGCAGAUAAGUAUGGACUUGCUGUGCAUAUGGAUGGUGCUAGGCUGAUGAACGCAGCAGUGGCACUGGGUGUGCAUCCCUCUAUCAUACUCAAACACUGCCACACGGUCAGUGUGUGUCUGUCAAAGGGACUGGGAGCGCCUGCUGGUACCAUGCUUGCUGGGUCUAAAGAGUUCAUCCAGGGAGCAGUGCGUGCUCGUAAAGUGUUGGGAGGUGGAAUGCGCCAGUCAGGUAUUUUAGCAGCAGCUGGAAAGAUCGCCCUGUUGGACAUGAUGGCUAGACUGGAGGAGGACCACAGGAAUGCCGGGACCUUUGCCAGAGCCCUGACAGAAUGUGAUCCUCCAUUGUACCAUGUGGACUUGGCUUCUGUUGAAACCAACAUAGUGCGUUUCUGUUUGCGAGUUCCUGGGCUGAGCCCGACCCGUUUCUGUGAGUUGAUGGCAGAGGUGAGUGAGGAGGAGAUUGACGCUCUGGACCAGGGUGUACGUGUGCUUAUGUUCCCUCAUGUCGGGGGUACAGUGAGAGCUGUGUGGCACCUUGGCAUCAGCGAGGAGGACACUCAGCUAGCAAUAAAGAAAGCCCAGUUUGUGGCCCAACGGUUUAGGUUAAAAUCAGCAAGAGACAGAUGAAAACACGGGAAGAAUCUUUAGUCAUCAUCAUCAUCUACUUCAUUAAAAAAAGUGCUGAGAGUUAUUCUGACACAAAUUAGCAAACAUUUUUUAUUACACACCAGCACGUUAAACUCUAUUUACAUCAAUUACAUUUUACUAGUAUAAUAUUAAUUUAUAGUUUGAUUUACUGUCAAACGAUAAAUUUGAUCCGUCUUUUCUAAAGCCUAUAAAUCCUUCAGUCUAAUUUAGAAAUGCAGGAAUUUAUGUGGAUUUUAAUUCAUGUGGAAUUUUACAUAUUGUCUCAUUGGCCUAUUUAAAUACGCAAUAGUUGAAGCAUAAAACCAUGUAACUUAUUGUUUUGUUGCCAGAUAGCAUUUCAACACUAGAUUUUAACCUGUUAAAGACAUCUGAGAAAGGAAUAACAUAAUUUGAGACUUCCUGUAACACCUAUAAUAUAAUAUCCAUUAUUUUAUUUUUACACAGUGUUGGUUUUAACAUAACAGCAACAUAUGGUUAUUACUGUAAGCUUCAAAUAAAAUAUUAGACCAUGUUUUAUAUAUACAGUAGGGUCCAAAAUUCAGAGCACUCUCUAUUUUGCAUCAUUUUCUAAUUUAAUACAAUAAUUUUAAUUAUAAAUUAUAUUACUGACUCCAGCUUGAGUGAAAAGUAGAACAUGAGUUUCAGAGUUUCUUAAUAUUUGGUACAUCCCCUUUUUAUCCCCCGAAGGCCCGAAGGGGGAUUAUGUCAUGGCGAAGUCCCUCUGUCUGUCCGUCCCGGAAAAGGUUCUCACCUUCUGAAAUCAACUCCUCUCACAAUUUUUGGAAGAAUUUCACAAAACUUGGCAAAAGUCUUUGUUAUAGGACAGCAAUUGCAAUUUCAUUUGCAAUAUAUUGUAGUGGGCGAUAUUGUGCUCUCAGAGCACUCUUGUUACUUUAAUGGCAUUGUGCAUUUGAGCUGGCACGGACUCCACAAGUUUGUGCAAAACCCUCUGAUCCAUUUCAGAUCAAAUCCAUCAUAUGAUGGAUGAAAUUUGGAGUGUCAUCUGAACACAUGCUUUAGGCAUGAGGAAAAUCUGAUCUUUUGUACAAAGCAGUUAACAUGGUCAGUAUCACAAAUUUGCUUACAUUUAAAUAAGGACCUAGAAAUAGUGCAGAAUAUUGACUAUGAAAUAUUCAAGAUAUUAAGCAUUUCCUUUUUGUUUUAAAUAUUUAAAAAUUCUAAAACCUUUGUUUAUUUGAAAUUUUAAAUGGGGGCAAAAAAAAAGUCCCAGUUUUUCAGUGUGGUCUCACAUUUUUGGAUCUCACUGUAUAUGGGGGUUUCUUCAAUUAGGAGCAUUUUUGCCCUUGUGAACUUGUAGGGAAACCCCCCCAGAACAAACCUUGACCAUUAAUGAACAAAUUCCAUUUCCACCACAUUUAAAUAUAUGACUAUUAUAUAAAAAUGGAUGUCACCCCAUAAUAACGUACACCUAUUUUCAUAAGUUUUGCCAGCUGAUACCUUUUUACAAUAAUUACACAUUUGCAAAUGAGAUUAAUUAAAUGGCAAGUACCAAACACCUUAACGUACUUUCACCAUAAUCUGAAAUGUAAUGUUGGCUUGGGAAGAUACUGUUUUUAAAUAAAUUAUAUUAUUACGUUAAGUAGCGUAUGAUCUCACAAACUGUGAAGUAUUUAAUGUAUGGUUAGAACUUUUUGAAUAUUAAACAAAAUGUGUGCAAUGAUGGAAAUGACAUUGUGUUGUGAAAAUUACAAUGAACAUGAAUGUAAAGAAAAUCUUAAAUUGGAAACAAUAUAAAUAUUUAUUUGCAACAUUUUUGUUGAACUGCCAUGAGAUAAAAUGAUACUUUUACAAUCCAAAAUACUGGCAAGCCAAAAUGUACACAGUGCCCUCCGAUAUCCAAACCUGUGGGGCGAGCUGAAGAUGAGAGAGUGCACAAGAGAGGGCCGAGGACCCUGGAUGAUGUGGAGAGAUUGUGUAAAGAGGAAUGGUCUCAGAUGCCCUGCUCUAUAUCUCCAACCUUAUAAAAUGUUAUAGGAGAAACUUGGUACUGUUUUACUGGCAAAGGGAGAUUGGACACAGGAUUAAAUGCAGGGGUGCCAAGAAUAGUGGCACGUGUGUUUUUGUUGAAAAUAAUUUAUUGAUGAGGGAUUUAUUUCACUUUGAAUACAUUUUUCAAUUAAAGGUUGGAUUUUUUUGUGAGAUGAAGCUACUUCACUAAAAGGUGGAUUUUUUCUAACCCUUUUUACUAAUCUUUACAAGGGGGGCCAAUAAUUGUGAAGUGCACUGUAUAAGUAAUAAAUGACACAUCAAAAUUGCAUCAAAUAAUUCUGA